CCACAUCCUUCCAGGAAUCACCUUCUUACAUUCUUUCAUCUCUACUUUCAGUCAUCUUUAUACAUCAGUAUGAAAUCAUUCUUUACCAUCGGCUUCACAGCCACUUUUGCCACUCUUGCAAUGGCGGAGUCAACUGCUCAUCGAUCACUCCAUCAAUCGAAAAUCAAGCGAGGAUUUCUUACCUGCGAGCAGACCUACGGUGGUGGAUCCAUAACUUGCGGUGCAGUUGAUAGCCAUUAUUGCUACAAUCCAACUGUGGGAGAAAGUUGCUGUCCUUUGGAUGACGGAUAUUGUGGAAAGGGCGAUUUUUGCGCUCCAGUUGCAGGAUAUUGCUGCCACGAUACCGAGUCUCCCGGAGUCUGCGCAGCUCGCCUUUCAUUCACUCUCCCAACAUCGUACGAUGUAAGCUCUGUUCCGGUAGCAACUGCUCCGCCAGCAAGCGCAAGCAUCUCGGCUGCACCAGAACUUCCAACUUCGACAAUUCAGAUCGCUCUUGCUCCAGGCCCACCAUCUGCUGUCGCUAUUGGAUUCGGGGAUAUCGUGUCUACCACUACACAGGGAACAUUAGUGCCUGAGAUGACGGCUCGGGUCAACCUAUUCAAUUUGACGACGGCGACAGUGACUUCGACCGCUGAUGGCAUUGCUACGAGUGCGCCAACCUACUUGCAAGCUUCAGGCGCCGCAUCUAAUGCGAAGGCGUGCUUCGGUGCUAUGAUUGGAAUUAUUGGAUUUGUGUUUUUGGUCCUGUAGGACAGGUGAGAGAUGGGUUGUGCUGGAAGACGGGGCAAGGCAACGCGUAGGAACACAGUAUCUUCUAUGCAUCAUUGAGUAUUUGUAUCGAAGAUGUCUUCCAUUCAUACAUUAUCUUGUUAGCCCUAAAGAUGAGAACCUUGUUUCGUCAAGUGCUUCCUAUACUUGAAUGAGUGAGAAAAGGGGAAAAUUAACGCUAAGCGAGGCGUCCUUUGGUACCAGACAAAUCAUCCUUUCGAAGGAUAAGA